AUGCAGGCAGAGAAGAAGCCCGCGUCCGUCACCCUCGGUCCACACGAGUGCGUGCGGGUGUGGGCCGUCCCAAACGGCCGCUUCGUGCGCUCCCUGCCCGUUCACGAGCGUGCUGUCGCCGUCGCCGUUGCACACGCCUCGCAGCGGCUGCUUGUCGCGACGCAGCGUUCCGUGCACGUCUUCUCCGUGAGCGGACGGCCUCUCGCGGUCGUGUCCCCGGACCGUGGCGUGGGCCGCAUCGUGCCCACCAUCGACGGCGAGCUCGCGCUCCUCUCCGAGGGGUCGGCGCUCGCGGUGCGGCGGAUCAGCGACCUGCAGCUGCUGCACCGGUACGACCUGGAGGCUGGCGGCGCCGCCUCCGGUGCGCCCCUGCGCGCCUUCAGCUUGAGCGCGGAGAACCACCACGCGUUUGCGGGCACUGCCGACGGCGGCCUCACAAUCUACGCCAACCCGGUCGUCGGCAUCCAGGUCCUCGAGCGGCUGGCGUCCGAACUGCUCAACCUGUGA